AUGGGUAAGGUACCACAGGAAGAAUCUUCGGAAGAAAACCUGGCUUUAACAGUGCUGUCCUUAUUUGUAAAUGAAGCUGAAAUCACAAAUUUAUGGAAAUUAGAUUCAAUCGGAAUCAAUGAUCCUGUUGAGAAAAAUUCUAAGAACGAGAUUGAUCUUCGGACCAAGGAGCAUUUUCUAGAAACGGUAACAAUUAAUAAAGAUGAUGAAGACAUAAUAGAGGAAGUUCCUACCAACGAAAUGAACUCUUAUGGUAAUUAUUUACCUCACCGUGCAGUGAUAAAACUAAGCAGCAGCACUACUCCAAUUCGUCCGGUGUUUGACGCUUCAGCGAGAUUAGCAAAUUAUCCAUCUUUGAAUCAGUGCUUGGAAUGUGGUCCUAAUCUCAUUGAGCUUAUUCCAAAUAUUCUUCUUCGAUUCAGAGAGGGACAGCUUGGCGUUAUAGCUGACAUCAGGAAAGCUUUUCUGAAAAUUAGUAUUCGUAAAGAGGAUAUAGACUUCCUUCGGUUUUUGUGGUGGGAAAAUAGAGAAGAAAAGAAAUUGAGAGUUUUUCGUCACACAAGAGUUGUUUUUGGGGUAAAAUGUAGCCCUUUUCUUUUAGCUUCAGUAAUUGAGUACCAUAUUCAAAAAUGUGAAGGAUUUGAAAAAUCUUUGAAGAAAAGACUUUUGGAGAGUUUCUACAUUGAUAAUGUCGUUACUAGUGUCGACAGUAAAGACCAAUUAGAUCGAUUCAUUGACAAUUCUAAAACCUUGAUGGCAAAAGGUGGUUUUGAUCUUAGAGAAUGGGAAUGGUCUGGCGACUGUGAAACUAAUUCAAAGGAAGAAACUCAGGUAUUAGGUCUUAUUUGGAAUAAGAAAUUAGACACUUUGAAAAUUAACAUGAAAUGGCUGGAUGGCAUUAAUGUGGAAAAAGUAACUAAAAGGAGUAUCUUAUCUACAGUACAUAAAGUAUUUGAUCCUUUUGGAUUCACUGCACCAGUGAUGCUCUGUCCAAAAAUAAUGCUACAAAAGGCAUGGACAUUAGGUACAAGUUGGGAUGAAGAAGUAACUGGUGAGCUUCGUAAAGAAUUUCUACAGUGGUUUCAAGAACUUAAGCAUUUGUCUGACAUACAGAUUCCUAGGUGUGUUCAAGCAUCUUCAAAAGAUAUAAGCAACUGCACUAUUCAUACGUUUGUUGAUGGAAGCAAAGAGGCAUAUGCUGCUGUUACAUUCCUUAGAAUAGAAAAUAAUGGUCGAAUCGAGCUAUUUCUACUUGCAGCGAAAUCUCGAGUGGCUCCUUUAAGAGGCACAACUAUCCCAAGAAUGGAACUUCUUGCAGCGGUGAUUGGAGCGAGGCUAGCGAAUUCAGUUGUUGAAGCUCUUGGUUGGAAAAAUGUUACGAUAUAUUACUGGAGUGAUUCUACAACAGUGCUUGCAUGGAUAUUACGAGAAGAAAAUUGGUCUGUCUUCGUUAGGAACAGAGUCCAAGAGAUAAGGAAGUUGAGUAAUCCUACAUCAUGGAGACACAUACCUGGUGAUAAGAAUCCGGCAGAUUUACCUUCCAGGGGCUGCAAGGCAAAACAUCUAGUCUCCCUAAGAUGGUGGGAGGGUCCACAAUGGAUGAAAAAUGCUUUUGAAUUUCAAAACAUUAUGGGUUCCACCAACCAUGAUUGGAAUGAAGAAGAGAUUAGAAAGGAAAAGUCUAUGACGACUUUUAUAUUAUCAAAUAAUGAAGCCUGUGGUGUUGCAAACUGGUACUACAGAUAUUUUUCGAACUAUGAUAGAAUAGUUCGUCUUGUUGCAUGGAUCCUCCGCUUCAUGAACAACUGCAAAAAUAUAACUGAGAAGAAGCAUGGUGAAUUAACCGCUACAGAAUUUCAGGAAGCAGAAAUGAAGCAUGAAGUGGUAAAGCGGUUAAUCUAUAAUGCUCACGUUAAGAACUGUCAUGCUGGAGUCCAGAUACUAUUGAAUGCACUUAGAGAAAAGUACUGGAUCCUAAAUGGAAGAAAAGCGGUGAAACAUGUGGUGGCCAAUUGCAUUACGUGUAAAAGAUAUAGCUCAAAGAACAUAGAAGUUAUAAGUCCCCCCCUUCCAGAAAAUAGAGUAAAGGAUGCUGCGGUGUUUCAGAUAACUGGCGUUGAUAUGGCUGGACCUUUAUUCCUUAAAGACAAGAAGAGCUGGGUUCUAAUUUUUACUUGUGCAGUGUACAGAGCAGUUCAUUUCGAGCUUGUUACUGCUGCAUCGACUGAUGUUUUUUUAAUGGCCUUUAGGAGAUUUGUUUCUCGCAGAGGAAGAUGCACAACAAUAUACUGCGAUAAUGGCUCCAAUUUUGUUGGAGCAGCCAACUAUUUAAAACAACUGGAUUGGAACCGUAUCCAAAAAUAUGGAGCAAUAAACUCUAUUGACUGGAAGUUUAAUCCUCCAACUGCUGUCUGGUGGGGCGGAUGGUGGGAGAGAUUAAUUAGAAUUUUAAAAGAUCUUUUGAAGAAAGUGUUAGGACAUGCACGUCUCAAUUAUGAGGAGAUGAUAACGGUUUUGGCAGACUGCGAGCGUGUAAUCAACUCAAGACCUCUAACUUACAUUUGCGAAGAGGAAACUAUAAAACCAAUUUCUCCAUCGAUGUUCAUACAAGAUGUGCAUGAAUGCAAUCUUCCUGAUAUAGAUGCUGUAGAGCAAAAUUAUUAUCUCUCGAAAAUUGAAAAGGAGGAGAGACAAAUUUUGAUGACAUAUGAAGAAGUCCUGAGGUUUCGUGCGAAAUAA